UCUAGUGAGUUCUUCAUGCCAGGACUUGUAGAUACCCACAUCCAUGCAUCACAGUACAGCUACGCUGGCACCGCAUUGGACAUGCCGUUACUGCAGUGGCUUAAUGCUUACACCUUUCCUGUGGAGUCAUGCUUCAAGGACUUGGAGUUCGCCCGCAAGGUCUACACUCAAAUAGUGAGAAGAACUCUGAGAAAUGGAACAACGACUGCAUGCUACUUUGCUACGAUUCACACUGAAGCUUCUCUUUUGCUGGGCCAGAUUGCAAAUGACUUUGGACAGCGUGCUUUGGUUGGCAAGGUGUGCAUGGACAGGAACGAUUGUGUGAAACAUUACAAAGAGACCUUGCAGGACUCUCAAGACGAGACCUGUCGGUUCAUUAAAGAGCUUCUGGAGAAAAAGUACCCUUUAGUGAAGCCUGUGGUGACUCCCCGUUUCGCUCCAUCCUGCACAGGAGCGUUGCUCGAGCAGCUGGGAGAAAUCGCUAAAAAUAACAACCUGCACAUUCAGAGUCAUAUCAGUGAAACUCAUGAGGAAGUAAAGCUUGUAAAGGAGCUGUUUCCCGAAUCAGAGUCUUACACAGAUGUCUAUCGCAAACACAACCUGCUAACUGACAAGACAGUGAUGGCCCACGGGUGCCACCUCAGUGAUGAAGAGUUGGCUCUGUUCAGAGAGACUGGAGCCUCUUUGUCCCACUGUCCCAAUUCCAACUUUUCGUUGUGCAGUGGAGUGUUAAAUGUCCGCAACGUCCUGAAACACAAAGUAAAGUUGGGGCUGGGAACAGAUGUGGCUGGAGGCUACUCCGCCUCUAUGCUCGAUGCUGUGAGGAGAGCUCUGGAUGCAUCUAAAGUCUUGACCAUCCAGGACCCAAAAUACAAAACACUCAGUUUUGAGGAGGUGUUCAGAAUAGCCACACUGGGAGGCAGUCAGGCCUUGUCCUUAGAUGACCAAACAGGGAACUUUGAAGUUGGCAAAGACUUUGAUGCCCUGAGGAUUAAUGUAGCUGCUGAGGGUGGGCCUAUCGAUCUCAUCCAGGAUGAGGAACCAAAGAUUCUUUUGGAAAAAUUCUUGAAUUUGGGUGAUGAUCGUAACAUCGUGGAGGUGUUUGUAGCUGGCAGGAGGGUGGUGCCGAUCACAGAAUAAAUACAACUGUACCUGUCUCACAGCCUAAAAUACAGGUCCAGGAUAUCCAACACGACAGAAAUCAACCCUGUGCCUGCAAAAGAGACAAAAUUGAAUUAAUCAGAGCAUAAAACAGAGACUGUAUUUCAAUUCACACAAGCCCAGUGGUAACCUGAGCUGGAAUACAGUCUGCUGCAUGAGUCUUUAAACAUAACUGCUACAUUGUAAAAAGGAGAAUAAGGGAUUUAAUAACUGAACUUUGCACUUUUUUAGACGGUUGUUGCCAGAAGAGAGCCAGGUGUGUGUCAUUUUUGCCUACUACUAAUGCACCACCACUCUCUGAUUAACAAAGCACUUUUUUAAAUCUUCCAUUUGUUCACAAAGUCAUCAUGCUUAUUAUUUAAACUUCUUCCUUAAAUUAUUAUUAUUUUUUUUAAAUCCUGGAGAAGUUUUAAAUACUAGUUUUCUAUUGCGGGUUGAUGUUUCAGUGUCACAAUUGUCCACGAAGUUUUGUGCUUGUGAUUUAAAGAUGCUCAGUGUGCCACUGCAGUGCCUGACCCGAUUAUCUUCAGUGGUUGAUGCUCCAAUUUUUAAUGCUUGUGCAGCUAAAGCAUCCUUUGUGAUCCAAAAACUGGAACUGACUCGACUUCUGAUUAUAAAAUACCAAAUAGCACAUGAUUAUACAACCCCAAUUCCAAAAAUCCU